CUCGGGGCGAGCGUUGGGCUUCGCCGCGCCGCCGUGGGCGCUCGGUCCGCCACAGCAGUAGGGAACGAGCCAGGCCUCCUGCCGCCGCAAGCCGCUGCUGCAUCGCGGUGUGCAGCCCCGGGCCAGGCCCGGGCCGGGACAGGAGCGCAGGUGAGCUGGAGCCUGUCCUUAACCUUUCUCGGGACCGGGCAGGACGGAGGCUUGGAAGCUUCUUUAGCCUCCCGGCUGGCGCAAGGUGACAGUGGGUCGGCCCCAGUUGGUGAUGAAGUCAGAGUGCUCUGAAUCCGCGUGUCUGUGACGUCAGGUGUUCCAGGAGAUGGGCUGUGAUGUCACUGCAGGCCCUGCCCGGGACCAUGGUGCGGAAGGCAGGAAGCUUGGAUAGGAGUCUUCAAUCCUUCACUGACCUUUGACUUUUAAGAACCAUUCUGCCUGCUGAAUUUCUGAGUAGGUCCUGUGGAGAGCAAGAUUUGCAUUGAGAGACUGGUAGGAGGAGACUAAUGCAGAGCCUCUGUUAUGCACCUAAAACCAUCUUGGAAUCUGCAGAAGAAAGCACAACCUCUGGAAAUUAGCAAGGAAACUCGGAGAACGCCCAUGAGCCACCAAGAGUCUAUACAUGAUGGAAAAUGCAAAGCUCUCUCCAUGACAUCAGGUGUCUUUCCUUCCACCUCUCCUGGUAAAGCAUCAUCUCGAAAGCCUUUUGGGAUUCUUUCUCCAAAUGUUCUGUGCAGUAUGAGUGGGAAGAGUCCUGCAGAGAGCAGCUUGAAUGUUAAAACCAAGCAGAAUGCCCCACCUGCCACAAUCCACCAGGGCGAAGAAGGGGAAGGGCCACUUGAUAUCUGGGCUGUGGUGAAACCAGGAAAUACCAAGGAGAAAAUCGCAUUCUUUGCAGCCCACCAGUGUAGCAAUAGGGUAGGAUCUAUGAAAAUAAAAAGCUCCUGGGAUAUUGAUGGGAGAGCUACUAAAAGAAGGAAAAAAUCAGGAGAUCUUAAAGAAGCCAAGACACAGUUAGAAAGGAUGAGGGAAGGCAGCAGCAGGUGCUUUGAGCCCGAGCCUUUCGCAUGCGGCAUUGAACACUGUUCUGUGCAUUAUGUGAGUGACAGUGGAGACGGUGUCUGUGCUGGGAGGCCUCUGUCAGUCAUACAGAUGGUUGCCUUCCUGGAGCAGAGAGCCAGCGCUGCUCUGCUAGCCGGUUGUGCGAAAAACUGUACUAACUCACCUGCCAUGGUGAGGAUUUCUGAGCACUCCAGGGGUGUGCCGCCAGCCUCUGAGCCCUUGUCUGCCCCAGGAGCUUGUGAAGAACCCACGGAAAGGGGAAAUCCUGAGGGCGGUGAACCCCAGAGCGAGCCAUUGCGUGUCCUCGACAUGGUAGCCAGGCUGGAGUCUGAGUGCCUGAAGCGGCAGAGCCAGCGUGAGCCUGGGAGCCUCUCGAGGAACAACAGCUUCCGUCGAAAUGUAGGCCGGGUGUUGCUUGCGAGUGGCACUCAGGCUGAUGAAGACAAAGCAAACAAAGGCGCUUUGGAGACACCUGGCACUCGGGUGAAUCCUGUGGGGUCUGUAUCUGUGGACUGUGGCCCGUCUAGAGCUGACCAUUGUUCUUUUAAGGGGAAGCAGGCCUGGGAUGGGGCUCCUCAGGGCUGUCCCUCAUUGCCAGCAGGUGUGGCUUUCCACGUGGAUAAAGCAGAAUUAGAGCCAGAUCAGCACACUGCUGUGAAAAACAGCAGUCGAUAUGAUGUAGAAAUGACAGAAGAAAUCGAGUCACCUUUUCCUCCUGGAACCUGUCCCCAAGCCAUUGAGUUGCCCACAGAUGCUGUUGAUUGCAUGAGUAGCGAGCUCACGCCACAAAUUCCUGAUCGGAGAAGAAGAGAGUCUGUGUGCGUUAGCAUCACUGUGUCCAAGGUGGAGGAAGACCAGCCUUCUCAUUUAAAGUCCUGUGAAGACCCACUUCCAGGGAGGCUGUUUUUUUUGCCCCUAGGUCAGCAACAGUCGGACUGUUCCCAGUUGAAUGAAAGCACAACAGAAGAGUCUUCAGAGGCCAGCCUGCUUGCAGAUGCUGCUGAGGGUGGCGGAGCGUCUGAGGGCAAAAGUGUUUCAGGCGAUUCAUUCGGGCCAACGCCAGCCUCCCCUGUGGAAGGUACGGUGCCGGUACUUGAGGUGUCCAGCUGGAAGAAGCAGGUGUCUCAUGACUUUCUGGAGACGAGGUUUAAAAUCCAGCAGCUUUUGGAGCCUCAGCAGUACAUGGCUUUCCUGCCCCACCACAUUAUGGUGAAAAUCUUCAGGUUACUCCCCACCAAGAGUUUAGUGGCUCUUAAGUGUACCUGCUGCUAUUUCAAGUUUAUCAUUGAAUACUACAACAUCAGGCCAGCAGAUUCUCGCUGGGUUCGAGACCCACGCUACAGAGAGGAUCCUUGUAAGCAGUGCAAGAAGAAAUAUGUGAAAGGGGACGUGUCCCUGUGCCGCUGGCACCCCAAGCCCUAUUGCCAGGCAUUGCCCUAUGGGCCGGGAUACUGGAUGUGCUGCCACCGCUCUCAGAAGGGUUUCCCUGGCUGUAAGCUGGGUCUUCACGACAAUCACUGGGUCCCUGCGUGCCACAGCUUUAAUCGGGCGAUUCAUAAGAAAGCAAAGGGGACUGAAACUGAAGAGGAAUACUGAAGUCUGUGUGAGAGGUGACCAAAUGACUGACUGUUAAAACUGCAGAACACCGCCUAGACACACCGUUCAAGUGUUGCCUUUCCCAAGUCCUCGCUCUGGGAGAGUCUGCGCUUACUCCUGCAGGACUGCCAUUGCUCGGGCACUUUUUAAUGUACAGGCUGUACAAGAAAACUGGCCUCAUUGUUUUACAGUGGCGCUCACAUUUGAUCCAAGGUGGAAGCCCACAGUUUGGUUCGCUCGGCUGUGAAUAAUCAUGCCGGUUUUCCCAGAUCAAAUCCAUUUUUAGAGGAUGCAGACUUGCCACCAUCAAGGACGUUUAGAAAAGUCCACUGCAGACUGUGCAGGCAUUUCCCCAAAAGGGGUUCCAGAAAUGUUGUGAGCACUGGCAGCGUAUUUGAAGUGAGUAGUGUCCUGUGAAAAGAACAGCAGCAGUCGUGGAUGAAAAGGAUGCUUACGAAGGAAAAGUCAGGCACCUUACCUUAGACCUUGUAUGCUUGAUCCUGUGAGAUUGAUGUUGUGGUUGGAGGUGGAUUUCAUGCCCUGUGGUGUUUACAGUGUAUAUAAUGGUUGCGUUUUCAUAGGGCUGUGAAAGUGCACAUUAAACCUGAGCGCCUUUACCUGAGAUGAGUGCUUUUGGCCCCUCUGUAAAUAACACUUAAAAAUCCGGUUGUAUACAGUGGACAGCUGACUGAACACCAUAAUCACCACAAUGCAGCUAGGGUAGUGUUGCGGCUAUAACUGUGUGUGUGUGUGUUUUUUUUUUAGUCUCAAGUUUGUAUAUCCUGUAUAAAAUAUGAAUGUUUCCCAAAUAAACUAUGAAUGUUUUCUGUAUAAUAUAUGAAUGUUUCUGAGAAGAAACUCUAAAUAGUAAAGAGGUUAACCUGUUGAAAAGAUACCAAAUAAUGGUUUAACUGGACAACUUUAAAAUUAGCAUAGAGAGCAAUUCUCUGUUAUAUUUUAGUGAUUCAACAAGAAUGAGAGAUUAUAUAGUCAGAUUAUAACAUUCUGUCUAUUCUGUCUGGUUACAAUUUUUUUUUUAAUUUCAAUAAAAAUAUGCAUCUUAAAUGGGACCUGAAUUGCAGAUUUUUUCCUCCUUUAUUGAAGUAAUGAAGGAUAUUAUAAAUUGAGGUAUAGGAAUUAAAAACUAUUUUUGAAUUGUUAUGGAGAGGAGGAGAGAAUAUUUUUUUUGCUACUGAAGAGAGACCAUCUUAACACACAGGCCAUUUGCACAGCCCUUUAACACUUGGAGUUUGUCAUCUGCCCAGUAUUUCCUGUUAGAUGAGGCAUUAUCUGGGAGAUUCUUACAGCUUCCCUGGGCAUAAUUAGUUCAUUGUUCAGCAGUCAUUAAGGAUGUAUACAGGCCUGUGGUUGUGUACUGCUUGGUGGGGCUGGGAGAUACUGGGCCCCAGAAAGAUGCCGUGGAGGAUCUAAAACUAGGUGGCUUGAAUUAAUUACCCACCAAAAAACUGCAACCCGUGUGUGUUCUGGGCUGUGGAAAAGCAAUG